AGCGCCGGAGGGGACGCCAGGAAUAGUUAUCUGSUUAGUCUCGUCCUUCAUAUUUGGCAGUCUGAGUAAAAGGUCCGAGCCAGCAUGAAGAYGGAAUCUCUUCUUCAUUAGAGAAAAACUUUCUGCCUGACGCAGUCCAUUUCAAGAAGUGCACGAUGACAGAACGUGGAAUUAAAUGGGCUUGUGAGUAUUGCACCUACGAAAAUUGGCCAUCUGCAAUCAAAUGUACCAUGUGCCGUGCUCAGCGACCUAGUGGAACAAUUAUCACAGAAGAUCCAUUUAAAAGUGGUUCAAGUGAUAUUGGUAGAGACUGGGAUCCUUCGAGCACUGAAGGAGGGAGCAGCCCUUUGAUAUGUCCAGAUUCUAGCGCAAGACCCAGGGUUAAGUCAUCUUACAGUAUGGAAAGUGCAAAUAAAUGGUCAUGCCACAUGUGCACGUACUUGAACUGGCCGAGAGCGAUACGAUGCACUCAGUGCUUGUCCCAGCGCAGGACCAGGAGUCCCACGGAGUCUCCUCAGUCUUCAGGAUCUGGCUCAAGAGCAGUUCCUUUUUCUGUUGAUCCCUGUGAGGAAUACAAUGACAGAAAUAAACUGAACACUAGGGCUCAGCAUUGGACUUGUUCUGUUUGUACAUAUGAAAACUGGGCGAAGGCCAGAAAAUGCGUUGUGUGUGACCAUCCCCGACCCAACAACAUAGAAGCAAUAGAACUGGCAGACACGGAAGAGGCUUCUUCCAUCAUAAACGAGCAAGACAGAGCUCGAUGGAGAGGGAGCUGUAGUAGUGGUAAUAGCCAAAGAAGAUCUCCACCUACAACCAAACGUGAAUCCGAUGUAAAAAUGGAUUUCCAAAGAAUUGAGUUGGCUGGAGCCGUUGGCAGCAAGGAAGAACUUGAAGUUGACUUCAAAAAACUAAAGCAAAUAAAAAACAGAAUGAAAAAGACUGACUGGCUGUUUUUAAAUGCUUGUGUUGGGGUUGUAGAAGGUGACUUAGGUGCUGUGGAGGCCUACAAGUCGUCAGGAGGGGAUAUCGCGCGCCAGCUCUCGGCAGAUGAAGUCCGCCUGCUGAACCGCCCGUCCGCCUUCGACGUGGGCUACACGCUCGUCCACCUGGCUAUCCGCUUCCAGAGGCAGGACAUGCUGGCCAUUCUGCUCACGGAGGUAUCGCAGCACGCAGCCAAGUGCAUUCCUGCCAUGGUGUGUCCUGAGGUCACAGAACAAAUUCGUCGUGAAAUCGCUGCGUCCCUUCACCAGCGCAAGGGAGACUUUGCCUGCUAUUUCCUAACUGACCUUGUAACGUUUACGUUACCUGCAGAUAUUGAAGACUUACCACCCACAGUCCAAGAAAAGCUAUUUGAUGAAGUACUUGAUAGAGAUGUUCAGAAAGAGCUAGAAGAGGAGUCUCCCAUAAUUAACUGGUCCCUGGAGCUGGGUACGCGCUUGGACAGCAGGUUAUACGCCCUGUGGAAUCGGACUGCCGGCGACUGCCUGCUGGACUCGGUGCUCCAGGCCACCUGGGGCAUUUACGACAAGGAUUCAGUGCUGCGGAAAGCUCUUCAUGACAGUUUACAUGACUGCUCGCAUUGGUUCUAUACGCGCUGGAAAGAGUGGGAAUCGUGGUAUUCCCAAAGCUUUGGUUUACAUUUCUCAUUGCGGGAGGAGCAGUGGCAGGAAGACUGGGCAUUCAUACUCUCUCUUGCGAGCCAGCCUGGAGCAAGUUUGGAGCAGACACACAUUUUUGUACUUGCACAUAUUCUUAGAAGACCAAUUAUAGUUUAUGGAGUAAAAUAUUAUAAGAGUUUCCGAGGAGAAACGUUAGGAUAUACCCGUUUUCAAGGUGUCUAUUUGCCUUUGUUAUGGGAACAGAGCUUCUGCUGGAAAAGCCCCAUCGCUCUGGGCUACACGAGGGGCCAUUUCUCCGCGCUGGUGGCCAUGGAGAACGAUGGCUACGGCAACAGAGGUGCUGGUGCUAACCUCAACACUGACGACGACGUUACUGUUACUUUUUUACCCUUGGUGGAUAGCGAGAGGAAAUUAUUGCACAUUCACUUCCUUUCUGCUCAAGAGAUAGGUAACGAGGAGCAGCAGGAAAAGCUGCUUCGGGAAUGGCUGGACUGCUGCGUGACGGAGGGGGGCGUCCUGGUGGCCCUGCAGAAAAGCUCCCGUCGGCGCAACCACCCCCUGGUCACGCAGAUGGUGGAGAAGUGGCUCGACCGCUACCGCCAGAUCCGCCCCUGCACGUCCCUCUCCGACGGCGAGGAGGACGAGGACGACGAGGACGAGUGAGGGUGGAAGGAGCGGGAGCCGCCGGCGCGCGGCGUCGGACCGCGGUCGCUGCUGGAGCAGCGCGGAGCCUCCCCCGUGCGGGAGAAACCUGCUGUGAAGGGAUGGGGGUUUUUUCUUUUCUAACCAGCAUGGGGAGAAGCGAGGAGCUCAUCUGCUGCGUGAAGAGCUGCAUGGGCUGGACUACCCUUUGUACAAGAACAGCAAAAAAAAAAAAAAAACCAGAACCCAACUAAUUUUAUUAUCAAGACAGAAAAAGAAAUUCUUUCCAAUUGUAAAUCUGUCUAUAAAUGUACCGCAUGUGGUUGUGUAAGAGGUUGUGUAAUAGGAAAAGUAUACCAGCAUCUUAAUUAUUGCAAAGAAAUUUUUCAGCUAAGGGCACUUACGAAAGCACAUGUUAGUUGGAUAUCUGUUCCCUCUGAGAUUCUUUUACAGUAGAACUUGGCAUCUCCGUCAUCUUUUAGAUACUCUGACACGUUUCCGUGGCAGGCCCUUUUAUGUGAAAUCUCACUAGUGCCCAAAUCAGAUCGUGAGGGUUUUUUUUGUUUGCACAAAAUAUCCACAGCAAGUCGUACGUAAAAAUACAUUUGUUAUUUUAUUAAUAUUUUAGUUACUGCUGUGCCCGUUAUAAUAAAAUCUAAUCUCUAUGGAACAAACUGGAAGAGAAGCUAAAUUUUUCCUCGAGUGAAAUGAUCCAUUUCCUGAAAAGUAUUUUUAUGUUUUUUCCUUUUGAUUAGUUAAUAGAUUCCUUCAAUAUGCUUAAGAUAUUUAUUCAGAGAAGUGACCUAAAAUAUAAGGGAUUUAGUCCAGUAAUUAUAUGCUAAAAGGAAARAAAAAAAAAAAAAUUGUGUGAGACUUGAGAGCUCAGACGCGGUUGAGGAUUUCAUAUUGUCCAAACUCAAUCUUGCUGUGAUACAAACUCUUAUCGUUUUAUCAUUUAUUCUUUCAUCRAGUUCA